AUGAGCCACUACUACCCAACCUACGAGCCACUUGGACUACCCAACCUACGACCAUUGGACUACCCAACCUACGAGCCAUUAGACUACCCAACCUACGAGCCACUCAGACUACCCAACCUACGAGCCACUCAACUACCCAACCUACGAGCCACUCAACUACCCAACCUACGAGCCACUCAACUACCCAACCUACGAGCCACUCACUACCCAACCUACGAGCCACUCACUACCCAACCUACGAGCCACUCACUACCCAACCUACGAGCCACUCACUACCCAACCUACGAGCCACUCAACUACCCAACCUACGAGCCAUUCACUACCCAACCUACGAGCCAUUCACUACCCAACCUACGAGCCAUUCAACUACCCAACCUACGAGCCAUCGACUACCCCACCUUCGAGCCUUUCGACUACCCAACCUAUGAGCCAUUCGACUACCCCACCUUCGAGCCAUUCGACUACCCAACCUACGAGCCAUUCGACUACCCAACCUUUGAGCCAUUCGACUACCCAACCUACGAGCCACUGGACUUCCCAACCUACGAGCCACUGGACUACCCAACCUACGAGCCACUAACUACCCAACCUACGAGCCACUAA